CGAUCAUUUUCCAGGGCGCGACGGAUGCCAUGCAUAUUAUUGCUCUCAUCAUGCUCGCUGUCAUGAUUAUACACGUUCGAUCAAAGUUCACAGCUGUUGGCAAGUACCUCACUUAAACCUCAUGACCUCGGGAGCGAUGGCACUAUUGGGUAAUGGUUAUGCUGACGUCUCGUGCUUCAGGUCGCAAGGAGAUAACAUCAUUCUUCUAUCUCUACAUGAUUCUUACAGUCAUAUCGCUAAUACUGGACUCGGGGGUUGUCCCACCUGGCUCCGGAUCGUUUCCAUACUUUGCUGCCAUUCAGAAUGGUCUGGCAUCGGCGACAUGCACAAGCCUGCUCAUCAAUGGCUUCGUCGGCUUUCAACUCUAUGAAGAUGGAACUUUCCUCUCUGUAUGGCUACUUCGUGGUUGCUCGCUGGCCAUGUUCCUCAUCUCUGGCGCUGUGUCAAUCUUGACGUUCAAGGGUGUGGCUGGCCUAGGACCAGAGAACACCAUUGGCAUGUUCGUUGUAACCUACAUCGUCAACGCGAUCUUCGUCUUUGUGUACGCAGUGAUGCAGAUUCUUCUAGUCGUCAAUACCCUAGAGGACCGAUGGCCGCUCGGUGAUAUCUCGUUCGGUAUCUUUUUCUUCAUCGCUGGCCAGAUAAUCCUAUACGUAGCCAGCAACGCAAUCUGCCGGAAUGCGAAUCACUAUUUGGAUGGUCUUUUCUUUGCUACUAUCUGCAAUUUACUGGCUGUCAUGAUGGUCUACAAGUAUUGGGACUCCAUCACCAAAGAGGAUCUCGAGUUUAGCGUUAGCACUAAGACCAACAACUGGGAAGUCAAGGACCUACUUCCCGAAGACGAGCGUCGAGGAACCGUAUACCACAACAUGGACAAAUCACCGGACAACGGCUCUGAAUACUCUAAUAGCUUGUAUCAGCCCGCCAGACCAGCGCAGCACUACAGCAACCUCGACAGAUAUUAAAAGGCCGAGAAAAGGAUGAAAAUUUG